ACACAGUUAACUCCACGAAGAAGAACUGUAACAAGGUUAGCUAGGGUAUCCCAAGUGCCAAGCUAAUUCUGUGAAAAUGUUUUCUCCAACCAGGCGGCUUCUAAUUACUUGGACCUUCUAGAGUAACAUGUGGCUUUAAAGGUAAAGUAAGCCGUAUUUCCGGAGGGAUGUUCGGCAGGUCGUACCAGCUGCUUCCUCAGAGGGACUCAAGCUCCCAGAAGACCCCUGGUUUGUUUGUGGAGUCUCACAGCUUUUCACAGCCAAGCUACCACAAAGGACUUUCGUUUGAUUAUAUCCCAAAUAUCUCUGCAAACGACUUUACUGAUGCCUCCCAGGGAUGGAUGUCUUGGAUCUGCAACCUGAUUGUGAUCCUCCUUGUGUACAUCUGUACCUUCAUAACCUUCCCAGUAACAGGAUGGUUUGUUCUAAAGACUGUUCCAAAUUACCAGAGGAUAGUUGUGUUCCGUCUGGGUCGGGUUUGUCCUCCAAAAGGUCCCGGGAUUGUGCUGGUGCUGCCCCUCAUUGAUCAGUGGCAGAGAGUGGACCUGAGAACUCGAGCCUUUAACAUCCCUCCAUGCCAGGUGAUUACUCGCGAUGGUGGUAUGUUGUUGGUGGGAGCAGACAUCCAGUUCAGGAUCUGGAACCCAGUCAUGUCAGUGGUGUCGGUCCAGGACCUGAAUGCCUCCACCAGGAUGACUGCGCAGAACGCUUUGACCCACAGCUUGUCCAAGAAGACCGUCAGGGAAAUUCAAACUGAAAGAGUGAAACUGGAGGAAUAUCUUGGGAUUGACAUAAAUGAGAUGACUCAUCCAUGGGGGCUCGAGGUUGAUAGGGUAGAGCUGACCUUUGGUGGUCUACUCAAAGCUCCACAUGAAGGCCAAAUUGCUCCCCUCACCACACCUCCUCCGGUACCUUCAGCACCUACACUUGAAGGCCUCACUGGCUCCCUUCAGCAGCUGGCCAUGCACUUUCUUAGUCACAGUGGUAAUUCACAGCCACAACAGAACUGCCUAACACUCCCAAAUGAGGUCAGCAUUGAGGUCGACGCUGCCGUGGCCGCGCGAGGUUCUGUCGAGGAGUUGCUCAGUGGAGUCCAGAUGAUCCUCUCUGAGACUUUGGUCCAACAGGUUGGGGCUUGUUUCCAGUUUGAGAUCAGCACUGCAGAUGGUCAGCAACGCCAAUACUAUCUGGAUUUAAGUCAAGGUAGCGGCGCAGCUGGAUCAGGGUCCUUGUGUCGAGAGGCCGAUGUGACUUUGAGCAUGAGUGAUUGUGACCUCGUGGACAUGUUCCAGGGGAGGCUGCGGCCGCUCGCCGCGUACACCAGCGGCAGCCUCAAGGUGCAGGGAGACGUCAAGAUGGCCAUGAAGCUGGAAGAACUCAUAAAGCAACUUAAAAAGUAAAUUUGUACACUGUAAAUGUGUGUUGCUCUUACAUAAAUGCUUAAUUUUAUAAGUAAAUGAGUUAUGAGUUUUUUAAUAUAUGUUUUGAUUAAAGUUAUGAAAAACAAAAA